CUCUCUCACACACACACUCAAUCUCUGCAUUCUGUGUGUGACAUUUGUUGAUCUUUCACAGUGAACUUGUGUGUCGGAUGAAAAAGGGCCCCCUCAGUGCUCCCUUGGUCAGCAUCCACGUCCACCCUAGCUACCUAGCUAGCUAUCCCUCUCCCUCCCACCACUGUCCAGUGUCCACGAUAAAUACUCGCCGCCUCCCCCAACAAGUCCCGCAGCUAAGCUAGCGCAGCACACAUCAAGGCCCCCGCUUCCGCUUCCAACCGCGACGCCGGCGAAGACUCCGUUCCAUUUCCACGCCAAGAUUAUUAGUAUUUCUUACAGAGUUUGAAGGAGACGAUGGCGGGCAAGUUGGAGAAGAGCUACUUCGACGUGCUGGGCAUCUGCUGCCCGUCGGAGGUGCCGCUGGUGGAGAAGCUCCUCGAGCCGCUCGCCGGCGUGCGCAAGGUCACCGUCGUCGUGCCCUCCCGGACCGUCAUCGUCCUCCACGACGCCGCCGCCAUCUCCCAGGCCCAGAUAGUGAAGGCGCUGAACGGGGCGAGGCUGCAGGCGUCGGUGCGGGCGUACGGCGGCGGCGGCCAGAGCAAGAUCAACAAAUGGCCGAGCCCAUACGUGCUCCUCUGCGGGGUCCUCCUGGUCGCCUCGCUCUUCCAGCACUUCUGGCGCCCGCUGAGGUGGCUGGCGCUCGUCGCCACGGCCGCCGGCCUGCCGCCCAUCGUCCUCAGGAGCGUCGCCGCCGCGCGGAGGCUCACCCUGGACGUCAACGUACUCAUGCUCAUCGCAGUUGCUGGGGCAGUUGCACUCAAGGACUACUCUGAGGCCGGCUUCAUCGUCUUCCUCUUCACCACCGCCGAGUGGCUAGAGACAAGGGCCAGCUGCAAGGCCACCGCCGGGAUGUCGUCGCUGAUGAGCAUGGCACCACAGAACGCCGUGCUAGCGGAGACGGGGCAGGUGGUCGCGGCCCAGGACGUGAAGGUCAACACGGUGAUAGCAGUGAAGGCGGGGGAGGUCGUACCGAUAGACGGCGUCGUCGUCGAGGGGCGGAGCGAGGUCGACGAGCAGACCCUCACCGGAGAGUCCUUCCCGGUGGCCAAACAGACGGACUCGCAGGUCUGGGCCGGCACCCUCAACAUAGACGGGUACAUUUCCGUGAGGACGACGGCCAUGGCCGACAACUCGGCGGUGGCCAAGAUGGCGAGGCUGGUCGAAGAAGCCCAGAACAGUAGGUCCGAGACGCAGAGGCUCAUCGACACCUGCGCCAAGUACUACACGCCUGCGGUGAUCGUGAUGGCAGCGGCGGUGGCGGUGACCCCGGUGAUCGUGAGAGCGCACAACCUCAGGCACUGGUUUCAGCUGGCCCUGGUGCUCCUGGUGAGCGCCUGCCCGUGCGCUCUAGUUCUGUCGACGCCGGUCGCCACCUUCUGCGCGCUGCUCAUGGCCGCGAGGACCGGGCUGCUCAUCAAAGGAGGGGAUGUCCUCGAGUCCUUGGCCGGGAUCAAAGUCGCGGCUUUCGACAAAACCGGCACGAUCACCAGCGGAGAGUUCUCCGUAGCCGAGUUCCGGCCAGUCGGAGAACGUGUUCCGAGGCAGCAGCUUCUCAGCUGGGUUUCGAGCGUCGAGAGCAGGUCGAGCCACCCAAUGGCAGCUGCCCUUGUUGAUUAUGCUCGAUCGAACUCCGCGAAACCGACACCGGAGAAUGUCAUGGAAUUUCAGAUUUAUCCUGGCGAGGGGAUUUAUGGUGAAAUCGACGGACAUGGCGUAUAUGUCGGGAACAGAAGGAUCUUGUCAAGGGCUUCAUGUGAAACAGUUCCAGAGGUAAAUGACAUCAAAGGGGUCACGGUUGGAUACGUGGCCUGCAACAAGGAACUGGUGGGGAUAUUCGGUCUCUCGGACGUCUGCCGAACUGGAUCCGCCGAAGCCAUCAGGGAGCUCAGAUCAAUGGGCAUCAAGUCGGUGAUGCUCACAGGCGAUAGCGCUGCCGCUGCCACCCAUGCACAGAACCAGCUGGGAAACGUCCUGGCCGAGGUUCACUCCGACCUGCUGCCGGAGGACAAGGUGCGGCUCGUCGACGAGCUCAAGGCGAGGGACGGCCCGACGCUGAUGAUCGGCGACGGCAUGAACGACGCGCCGGCGCUGGCCAGGGCCGACGUCGGGGUCUCCAUGGGCGUGUCCGGAUCGGCCGUCGCCAUGGAGACCAGCCACGUCACGCUCAUGUCCAACGACAUCCGCAGGAUCCCCAAGGCCGUCCGGCUGGCGAGGCGGACGCGCCGGACCAUCGUCACCAACAUCGUCUUCUCGGUCGCGACGAAGCUCGCCAUCGUCGGGCUGGCGCUCGCCGGCCACCCGCUCGUCUGGGCGGCGGUGCUGGCGGACGUCGGCACGUGCUUGCUGGUGAUCAUGUACAGCAUGAUGCUGCUGAGGGGGGGAGACGGUGCUCGCCAUGGGCCUCGCUCUCACAUCGAGAAGCAUGGCACGUCGGCGUCCCACCACCACCAUUGCUCCGACGGUCCGUGCAAAUCAGCAGGCGGCUGCGGGGAUUCGUCUGCUGGUGGCCAUGCUUGCGGCGAUGAACAUCAUUGUCACGGGCAUGGCGACCGCGAAGAGCCGGGCAGCCCGCACCACCACGGAUGUGAAGAUCAUGGGCAUGGCCACGGCCACUGCAAAGAACCGAGCAAGCUGCACCCCAUGGACAGCCAUCGCUGUCAAGAUCAUGGCCAUGGCCAUGGCCACAGCCACUGCAAAGAGGCGAGCAUCAAGCUGGUCACAAGCAAGAACAUUUCCCAUGGCCAUGGCCAUAGCCACUGCAAAGAGAAGCACGAUGAGCACAGCACCAACUCGGUUGAGUCGUCAACCCAAGAGCACUCCAUCCUGAUCGACGAAUCAGCUGCUGCCCAACAACAAAUCCUGUGCGAUCACCAGAUCGAAGAAGAAUGCGGGCAUCACUCGAAGGCCAAGGCCCGCGCCACGGCUCGUCCGACCGACUGCGGCAGCCUCAGCCUCCGCCGCGACACGGUGGGCGACGACAACGAGGGAUGCGGAACCAAAGCGAGGGACGCGUGCUCGAGCCGGCGGGCCGGCUGCGCUGCCGGGGAAACCGGGCGGUGCUGCCGGAGCGCCAGGGCGAGCAGGUGCGGCGGCCACGCAAGCAUGCUGAAGCUGCCUGAGAUCGUGGUGGAGUAGGAUGAAACUACAGAGAGUGUAUGUCAGCAGCAGCAGCUCAAGAAGAAGAAGGCUUUGCUGCUGCUGAAAAAUGGAAAUCGGUGGGGAUGGGAUGCUGCUUUCGUGUGUCCUCUCCCUCCCUGUCGACUGACCCGGCAUCGUCUCCACAAGAAUACUUCUUACCGGGCUCCUUUCAAGGGAAGCUCGUGUUUGUUUUUUAUGUUGGGUAAGGUGUAGCUUACUUACAUGAUUUCUGUUUAUCAAACACCUCUUGCUUGGCUAGGUGUUAUGAGCAGUGUCA